AUGGAAUACAAUCGAUCGCCUUCCUUCGGCCUCGGGGCGCGAGCGAACCGUCGCGCUUCUACCCAAUUGACUAUCGACGAGGAGGGCCGUAAACCACUAUUCUCCAAACCAUCCAGAGAGAGCCUCGAGCCCCAGAAUCCCGCCUAUGCGGCAGCGGGAAGCAACAGAUUUGGGUACUCGCCAACGAAUGCCCACACCAGUACGAACGGCCGACCGCCCUCUCGCGCUGCCAUUCCUCGACCUUCAAGCUCCCUUUCGCAGACACCGUCACUCAACUCCAAUCACUCUGUCGAGAUCGUAUCUCCCGGCUCUCGCAUUCCUCGGCCCAAGUCCACGAUUGGUAUUUUCGCCAAAGGCUCCGGAGUAUCUGUCGCCGAGGCUUGGAAAUUGGCAGAAGAGAACCGAGUACAAACUCUGGAAAAAGCGCGUCGAGCCUCUCCGGCAGCCAUCGACGCAUCGCCAAGCCCUGCACCACGCCCUUACGCAAAUCGGCAGGUUUCCGAAGAGUUGAAACCACGACGAUCACUAGGCAAAGAUGCGGUCGACUACAGCCGGCCCAGGCCCCUGUCAAGGAUGUCAAGCGAAUCGUUGCGCGACGGCUAUGUUGGACGAUACAGCGGCAGCCCAGGCUCGAACAGUCUUUCCAGCUCUGGAAGCUUCGAUCGUCGACUGAGUCAAUAUGAGCGCGAGAUGGCAGAAUCGCCGAGCGCGUCUCGUGACCAGGAUCAUUUCUUUGUUAAGACCAAGGUAGGACCAAAGAUCGCCGAGACAGGCCACACCCUGGCGAGGAGAACAAGCAACAGCAGUCUCAACGGGUAUCAGAGUGUGAACCGGCGAGCAAGCAACAGCAGCUUGAAUGGAGGCCCGGGCUUGGGUAGGAGAACAAGCUACGGCAGUUUGAGUGCUAGCCCGCGCCCCGGGGCUUUCGCCAAGAGCCAUGUUCCCGAAGGGCAUAUCAAGGAGCUCUUGGAGCAGGAUGAGAAGGGUAUCAAGCGAUCCGCCAGGCCAAAGCCAGAGCAAGAUAUUGCAGCCGACAUACCAUUGCCCUCUGUCGAGGCCACUGGUCUACCGCAGGAGCCCACUCCGCCAACGUCUCGCCCGGCUUCUGCGAAUCCGGAAUUCCGAUCUCCAGACAAGAGCUACGCGUGGCAGCUAGACGCGGACUUCACGGCGGGAGACUUGCAAAUUUCUGACAGCCCACGGAUAAGAACCGGUGGCACUGGCUUCAGCGAAGUCUCUGAUCGACGAUCCUCCUACGGCAGCGCUUACGCUGAAGAUCAGGUCCCGGGAUUGAAUGGAAAUCUCAGGCGGGAGUCAUCACUAGGACCAUCUCCCAGGGCUGGGCGCUCUAACACUAGGAUCGACGAGAUUCGCCAGCGGGAAGAAAAGGCCAAGGAAGAGCUUGCAGAGUCGCGAAAGACCCAGUCAAGAGCUAGGAACAACAAAAGGCUGGAGGAGAUCCGCGAGAGAGAGGCCGAGGCAGAAGAGCAGCUGGCCAAGGAGCCGAGGUCGCAACCGCGCUCAUACUACCUCACCCCCGAUGAUCUACCAGUGCGAGAGGAAGUCGAUGCACAAGCCCAGUCGAAGAACACGAAACUCGACGAAAUACGAGCACGAGAAGCCGAGUCAUUGUCUAAAAAGGCCGUGGCUUCUAGCCGAUUGGAGGAGAUCCGGGAACAGAACUCAAUGUCGAGGUCCAUGUCACCAGAGGCUCGGCGCAGCAGUGACUAUGCCCGAGAGUCGACGCCUAUCCGAGAAGCAAGUGGAGAGUCCGGUUGGCCUACGGAGGAUGGCGAGCAUAUCGCUAAUACACCUAUCACAAUCUAUCGCAACUCGCCGGUGCGCGAGCGAAAGAAGUCGCUGUCUCAGUCGCCAGUGAGCCGAAACGAGCGGACCAGUCCCAAGCCUGCGAGGCAACAGGCUACACACGCGCGAACUGAUUCUAGGGAUUUGUUGCAGAGGCUCGCUAGAGCUGCGAGUAGCAGCCCUGCUCCCGAGACCCAUGUCCGACCCGCAGCUACAGAUGAGCAGAGGAAGUCUAGCAAAGAAGACCUUGAGAAGGAGAAACUCGAGAAGGAGAGACUCGAGAAGGACAGGCUGGAAAAGGAGAGAUUCGAGAAGGACAGGCUUGAGAAAGAGAGACUCGAGAAAGAGAGGCUCGAGAAAGAGAGGCUCGAGAAUGAGAGACUCGAGAAGGAGAAGAUCGAGAAAGAAAAGCUCGAGAAAGAGAAGCUCGAGAGGGAAACAACUGCAGAACCUACGCAGAGGACAGAAACUCAACGGCGGAAGAGUGAGCCCAGGCGGCCUGCCCCCGAAUUGGAACCCAAGGCUAGCCCACCGCGACGGAACCGAAGAGAAACCAUCAAAGUAUCCGAGCCAGCUUCUACUGAGACGAAAGGGACAGAUGGCUCUAAGUCCAGUUCUCCGGAUGAGCCGGCAGAGAGGCCAAGGUCGCGCGUGGAAUUUGCUGGAAGGCGCCGGGAACGUCGUCAAAGAUCAAGCGAAUCUGUCAAGGACAGUCGUAAGAGCUUGGCCUUGUCGGAUGGUGAUCCUACCGACCGCAUCGAACAAGAAAGGAAUCUCUUCGCGCCUACGGACACCCAGUCCGAGCGUGGAUCUGUCAGAGCACCAUCAGCGGAGCCUUUCACCGAGGAUGAGGAUAAGGACCUUCUCGCAGGCGAAACUCCCCGACCGAUCAAGGUUGAUCCGCUAUCUCUACCUACACCUAGGGUCACAGGUGCCUACGUCGAGACGCCUGCAACACUCAAGGUUGAACGAAUUGAGGAAAAUAUUCUGCCGCCCUUGACCAGGCCUGACCCGUCGUCAAACACGACUUUCGGUAGACCGCCCAGCAGAAGAGGAUCGCGGCCGUCAUCAAGGGCGGGCACAUUUUUCAAAGCUAGUGAAUCAGGUUCUGAAACGAGCGACCAGUACGGUCAAGGGAAGGAGACAACAGGAACAACUACAAACUCCAACUUGCGACGCCGCAACAGAUCGACUUCCAGGCCGCGUAGACCUUUGACCAACUCGGUAAAACCCCCGACGGUUAAGGAUGAUCUUUUGGAACUUCAACGCAUUCAUCAGAUUGAAGACUCCACUUUGGACGAUUUCGAGGAACUGUUCAACAUGCAGAAGCUUCAGAACGCCCCUUCCUCGGAAAUAGAGUCGAUGCUUGAUGAUAUCGCGGUUAAAAAAGAGGAAGUCGCAGCCAAGCCGAACAUCACCAAAACUCAACGGGACCACGAGCUAGAGCAAUAUGACAGGAUGAGCAAGACACUGAAAGACGGGCUUUUCAACAUUCGUACCGCCAAGCAGGGCAUCGAACGCUUGGAGGGGCAAGUCUCGCACGCCGAGGGCAAACAUGACAAUGUCGCUACGCUCCAGAAAGCGUCAGAGAAGCAGCCGCUGGCAAAAAGUUUGCAUCACCGCCACAACCCAGAUCACGCCCGCGAUUGCCCAGAUUGCAUCCGCCAGACUCCUAUCAAGGAAGUGUCGUACCUUCACCUUCCUGUGCCGAGCCUGUAUCGUCGCAAUCCUUUCCGCCUUACGUUCCUCGGGCUGGUCCUCCUCGUCGUUUCACUCUGGUAUGCUGCCGAGUCUGCCAUGUGUGUGGUUUACUGUCGGCCAACUACAUGCUCUUCGACGCCUUGCGUCUGGUCGCCGACGGACCCGACUUGGGGUUUUGCUAUCCCAGUGAAGCUCGACGAGUGGGCCACAAAUGGCUGGGGCCGCCAGGUGGCUAAUCAAUACUCCGAGGAUGCGUCAGAUCUGUGGGCGGAUGCGUUAGAUUUUGUCACUGGGACCGAUAUCACGACUGUUGACAUCAACACCCUCGACUUCUACGACAAGCGACAGCAUCGCCGCCGUCUCCGCAAGAAGGGACUUGCGAAGCGGCCCCUCGAGUCACCUAGUGACAAGGCCAAAUGGGACACAUGGCACGCCACGCGAGUGGCCAGCGAGAGGGCCCAGGAUGCGAGGGAGAUGGGCUAUGACAUUGGUGACGCGGAUGAGAGUAUUGGAGACGAUGAAGUGUUCCCGCUCGUUAAGACCUACUUGGUCAAGAGAUCAUGGUUCGGCUUCGACAUCGACGACAAUCUCCACGAAUUCCGCCGCGCCUCCUCGGCCGCGACGGGCAAGACCCUCAAAGCCAUCUCCCAACGACACGAGGGUACGCUGGCGGUGCCUGCUUUGGAAGAGGCAUACGGCCACGUCCUCCGGGACAAGACCGCGGCCGCUUUCUCCGGCGGCAAGACGUCGUUUGAUCACUGA